AUGGAGGAGGAGCGCCUCUGGAAGUUCCGCAAGCCGGAAUGGCUGAACAGCGUCUGGGCACGUAACUUUGGCGUCUACGGCGCCGGAGCUUUGUUCUCCAUCGCAUUUUACGUCAUGCUCGACUCGGCCGUCUGGUCCAAGUCGGCCAAGAACGGCUCCGACACGCACAUCAACUUCGUCGACUGGCUGCCCCUUAUCUUCUCGUCGUUGGGCAUGCUCAUCAUCAACUCGGUCGAAAAGGCGCGCCUCUCGGCGGACAGCUUCUCAUACAGCGGCAACGGUGUGGCGUGGAAGGCGCGCGUCGUGCUGUUCCUCGGCUUUGCAGCACUCGCGGGCGGCAUGGCGGGCGGCGUCACCGUCUUCGUGCUCAAGUUCGUCGUCCGAGACGUCGAGAUGCCGGCGCUUGGGAUGGGCAUUGAGAACGUCGUGGCCAACGCGCUGGUCGGGCUGAGCAGCGUCGUGCUCUGGGUCAGCCAGAACAUGGAAGACGAGUACAGCUACAACCUCGCUCUGUAA